CGUACCAGGAGGAGGAAACACAUCCCCACACAUCCCCUGGGACAUCUCCACUGCCAGAGCCACUCUGGCUCCUUGCUGAGCCUCUCCUUAGACCUGUUCCAUCCCGUGGUACCCCAGGCGUGGUCUAGGUUGGUUUUGGGAGGGAAAAGGUUUGGGAUUUUCAGGGCUGAUGUGUCUCUCUGAUUUCAGGAAGUGUCCUUCGCCUUUCAAAAGAAAGAAAGAAAAGCAAGGAGCUAAUGUGAGGCAUGAGACCCAACAGCAGCAGCCUGGCAAGAAGGUCCCCACGUAUGAAGAUGUCCCAGAUAUCCCUGUCUACGCCACGGUGAGCAAGCCCAAGGCUGUGCAGCAGGAGGAGAACAUCCACUACGCCGACAUCCAGGUGUUCUCCAAGGCACGGGAGCGCUCGGCGGCCGAGGUGAGGAGCCUGCAGCUGCAGAACGCCACGGAAUACGCCACCCUCAACUUCCCCAGGGCCAGGCUCAAGUACGACAGCAAAAAUGGGACCUUGGUCUAAAAGCCUUGAUGGCCUCCUCCUCCUCCUCCCGCAGGACAAGGAGCUCACAGCUGUAGAGCCAAGGAAACCUCACGGACCCUGAGAGGGGGAGGCUGCGUGUCCCGUCUCAGACAUUCUCUCUCUGAGGAGUUUCCCGGAUGAUUCUGCUGGCUGAAAACAUCUCCUCCCGUCGGCAGAGCUGCCCCUGGAGCUGGCAGCCCGUCUCCU